AUGGCGCCCAACCCCUCUGAGCCACCACGGGCCGCAGCUUUCCCGGUCACCCGGCGCUCUGCAGAACUGGCAGAGUCCGGCUGCGUCUGGGUGCCGCGGGGGGACCCACGGGGGGCCAAGCAGGUGCUGCCCCCCCAGGUCCUGCUCUGCCGUCUCUACCGCUGGCCCGACCUCCGCCAGCCCCAUGAGCUCAAGCACCUCUGCUACUGCGCCGGGGGCCGGGGGGGCUGCGGGGACGCGGCCGCGCUCUGCUGCAACCCCCACCACUUCAGCCGCCUGGCUGCGCCCGAGACACCGCCGCCCCCCUACUCGAAGGCAUCCUGCGGUCCCUCCUGGCUGGAUGAGCCCCAGCACCCCGGCACCCCGUUCCUGGACUUCAGCUACAACGGCGGGGACCGGCGCGACACCAGCCUCUCGCAAAGCACCGUUAAGGAUGGCUACUGGUGCAAACUGGCUUACUGGGAGUACCGGACGCGCGUGGGCCGGCUCUUCGCUGUGCAUGAGACGUCGGUGAACGUCUUCUGCGAGCUGCCGCGGGGCAACGGGUUCUGCCUGGGUCAACUGCCGGCCGCCCACCGCAGCCGCGCUGUCCGGCGCGUUCGUGGCAAGAUUGGCCGGGGGCUGCUGCUGAGCCGGGAGCCGGGCGGCGUGUGGGCUUACAACCGCAGCGAGCACCCCAUCUUCGUCAGCUCGCCCACCCUGGGGCCCCCCGGCGCUUGUGGGCUCACCGUCCUCAAGGUGCUGCCCGGCUACUCGGCGAAGGUGUUCGACUACGAGUGGGCGGGGGGCGCGGGGGGCCGGCGGCUCCCCGGGGAGGGCCCCUGCGACCCCCACAGCGUCCGCAUCAGCUUUGCCAAGGGCUGGGGGCCCUGCUACUCCCGGCAAUUCAUCACCUCCUGCCCGUGCUGGCUGGAGGUCCUGCUGAACCGGCCGUGCUGAGGGGCUGGGGCUGGAGCGGGGGUGCCGGGGAGCCCCCCCCCAAAGCAAGUGCAAGGGGGGCAAGAGUCAGGGGACGUCACCACCAUCCCCCAGUGUCUCUCUUGCAGGGCUGCACUGCAGCGGGGCCGUCCUGGCCCAGGGAACCCUUGCUGGGACCCUCUACCCCAGCCCUGGGGGAUUCCAGUGCCCCCCCCUCAGCUCACCACCCUGCCAGCACCCGGCCAUGGGUCUCUCGCUGACGCAGGGCACUAUUUAAUCUCUUUCUCCUUUUUUUUUUUAAUUUUAAUGGUUAAAUUUAUUUUAAUUUAUCUUAUUUUUGUAAAAAAAGUAAAACCUGAUGCAGGACACCCCCCCCCACCCCCCGCACUCUAGGCAGCUGGGGCCAGGCCUGGGGACGGUGGCCAGGGCAGGGUGUGCAGGAGCCAGGCAGGUCCGGGGGAGACCGGGGGCUGCAGGAGGGGAGGGAGGUGGGACAGAGCCGCGGGGGGGGGCUGUAGCCCUGGGGGUCAUGGCAGGCAUGGGGGAGACUGGAGUGAGCUGGGACAGCUGGGAGGGUGGGGCCAGUGAGCACAGCUGGAGUGUGGGGCAGGUGAGCACAGCUGGACAAGUGUGGGGCAGGUGAGCACAGCUGGAGGGGGGCAGGUGAGCACAGCUGGACAAGUGUGGGGCAGGUGAGCACAGCUGGAUAAGUGUGGGGCAGGUGAGCACAGCUGGAUAACUGGGGCAGGUGAGCACAGCUGGAUAACUGUGGGGCAGGUGAGCACAGCUGGACAAGCAUGGGGCAGGUGAGCACAGCUGGAUAAGUGUGUGGCAGAUGAGCACAGCUGGACAAGUGGGCAGGUGAGCACAGCUGGAGGGGGGGCAGGUGAGCACAGCUGGAUAACUGGGGCAGGUGAGCACAGCUGGACAAGUGUGGGGCAGGUGAGCACAGCUGGAUAACUGGGGCAGGUGAGCACAGCUGGACAAGCGUGGGGCAGGUGAGCUCCUCUGGGCAGGGUGCUGGGGUGGAUGCGCUCCCCGGGCAGGGUGCUGGCCCAGGUCAGCACAGCCAGGACAGAGGUGCCGAGUGGAAGCCGAGCUCGGGGCUGGCCCAGGACGGGUGCUGAGGCCGGUGCAGGGUCUCCCGCGGUGGGUCCCUGGGCCGGGGAACCCCUGGGCCCCUCCGGCCACCAUGUCAGCACGGUGCCCCCCCCCGCCCGGGGCGAGCACAGCCUUGGGGGUCCCGGGGUGCCCGGGCUGCGUCUGGUAUUUGUAACCCAAAUAAACGGUGCCACCGGCACCAAAGACUCUC